AUGUUUCUCCUGUUCGCCGGGAUUAUGAUGGUGGCCGUCUCUUUCAAGUCAAUUCCUUCACUUAACAAGGGGAAGAUCGUGCCUGCGGGCGAAAUCGUGAACGGCGGCGCGCAGCACGCCUUAUUCGCGAGCCGAAACCUAAGAGGUGGCCACGCCGGAGUGUUUAUUGCGGGUUCCGGUGAUGAUAUUGGAUUGAACGAGGAUCCACCACACACGGUGGGAAUCGCGGAGAGUGCAAAUGAGAGGGGCCGUGUCACCAGGGUAAAUGGGGGUUCGCGAUUAAGUUCGAAAUUGGUUUCUGUAUUCGGUUCGGAAUUGGGUUCUGGAGAUGGUAUGUUGAAGAAAGGGAGUAUGACUGCGGGAAGAAGAGGUGGUUUGGAAGAGGAGAGGAGAGGAAGUGGAGCGGGGGCAGGGAGUGGGGAUGUUGAGGGAGAGGACGAGUACAGGGGAGGUGAGAGUGAGGGGGAUGGUGCUGGGGAGGAGAAGCCAGAAGGCAAGAGAGAGAGUGGGAGAGGUGGAGUUGGGGGGAAUGGUGGGAUGCGGAGGACGAAAGGGAAGGAGGAGGAGGAGGAGGAGGAGGAGGAGGAGGAGGAGGAGGAGGAGGAGGAGGAGGAGGAGGAGGAGGAGGAGGAGGAAGAAGAAGCAGAGGGAGUGAGGAAAAUCAGAAGGGUGCGGGCUAAUGGGGAUAGCUCAGCUGGGGAGGAUGAAGAAACUGGAGAGCAUAAGGAAGAGAUGAAUCAUGGGGAGGAGGAAAGACGAGAGAUGGGUGCCAAGCUGAAGAGGGAAGAUGAGGGGGAUGUGGAGGGCACGGACGGUGAAGUGGAGGGGGAAGGGGGAGGCAGGUAUAGAGGGAGAAGGAGCCGUAUUGCGGGCGAGGUGGUGGAAGGAGGGAACGGACACGUGGAGCAUGAGGAGCACGAGGGACAAGUGCAUGGGCGAGGGGAAGGGGAGGAGGAUGGUGAGCAGAGGGCAGCAGGAGAGGAGCACGAGGAUGAAGAGAGGGAGCAUGAGGAGGGGGCGAAGGAGCAUGAGGAAGGGGCGAAGGAGCGUGGGCAUAGAGGAACGGAGGACCAGGAAUACGGUGACGAGGAUCGAGGGGGCCACGAGCAGCAUUCAGACGAAGGGAGGCAUGAGGAGGGGGCGAAAGAGCAUGAGGAGACGAAAGAGCGUGGGCAUAGAGGAAUGGAGGACCAGGAAUACGGUGACGAGGAUCGAGGGGGACAUGAGCAUCAUACAGACGAGGGGAGGCAUGAAGACGCGGGAGACGAGAGCACAACCCUACUCUCCUCCGCCUCUUCCUCAUCCUCCUCCUCUUCGCUCACCUCCUCCCUAGUCUCCCCACUUUCCCCUCUCAAUGAUUACUCUCAGUCCUCCUCCUCCGUCCCUCUGCCCCCAUUCGGAUUCAACGCCACUCUCUCCCACGCGCCCCCAAUACCCGUUAGAGAGAAAUUUCUUUGGAGAGCCCCUAAGAGCCAGAAAUAUGCGCAGUGCAUUGCGCGCUCCCGCACCCAUAAAGUGCCUGUGAAGGGGUCCACCAACGGCUAUCUGCUGGUCACAGCCAAUGGGGGUCUCAACCAGAUGAGAGCUGCCAUCUGUGACAUGGUGGCUGUGGCGCGCAUCAUGAAUGUCACCCUCGUGGUGCCAGAGCUCGACCACACCUCCUUCUGGGCCGACCCCAGCGAGUUUGAGGACAUAUUCGACCUGGAUCAUUUCAUCACCUCGCUCAAGAAGGACAUCCGCAUUGUGCGCCAGCUGCCCAAGCGCGUGGCGCACAUAGAGCCUCUUGAGAAGUUCCCAGUCUCGUGGUCGCCGUUCUCUUACUACCGAGAGGACUUGCUUCCACGAGUCAAGAAACACCGAGUGAUGCGCUUUCCCCUUACCGACUCGCGCCUCGCCAACAAUGGUGUGCCUGACUCGAUCCAACGGCUACGGUGCCGCGCCAACUACAAGUCGCUGCGCUACACGCCGUCGAUCUCGCAGAUUGCAGCGAAUCUGAUCUCGAGAUUGCACGCUAGGGGCCCAUACAUUGCGCUGCAUUUGAGAUACGAGAAGGACAUGCUGGCAUUCACAGGGUGUGAUCAUGGACUGCAGGCUUCUGAGAGGGAGGAGUUAAAGGCCAUGCGCCUGAACAACUCGCGGUGGAAGGAGAAGGAGAUCGACGGGGAGGCGCGGAGGACGGAGGGGGCGUGCCCGCUCACACCAAGGGAGACGGCGCUGUUCCUGCGGGCCAUGGGGUAUCCGAAUAAAACGCUCAUCUACGUGGCUGCUGGGGACAUCUACGGGUCUAACGGGCUCGAGGACCUGACUCGCCUGUACCCCAACACGUACACACACAGCACGCUGGCAACAGCAGAGGAGCUGGCGAGCAUAGGCGCGUACCAGAACCGGCUGGCAGCUGUGGACUACACAGUGGCGGUGCAGAGCGAUGUGUUUGUGUACACGUAUGAGGGGAAUAUGGCCCGGGCCGUGCAGGGGCACAGGAGGUUUGAAGGGCACAGGAAGACCAUAAUUCCCAACAGGGAAGCCAUCAUUCGCCACAUUGACCAAUUAAAAUCACGGCAAAUCAGGUGGAAGGCGUUUAGGAGGCUCAUCAGACAAGCACACAAAGAAGGAAUGGGAGCUCCUCAUCUGCGGGAGGUUGGCGAGAAUCCGAAGCUGGAGGAGAAUUUCUACGCAAAUCCUUUUCCGGGCUGGGGCUCCGUCAAGCCGUAUGUGCUGUCGGUGUCGCUUUUGGCAUCGAUAUCGUCGGCUCUUCUCGGAUAUGACAUUGGCAUCACCAGCGGAGCGCUCAUUUUUGUCGCAGAAGAUUUCGAUCUCUCCCACGUGCAACAGGAAAUUUUCGUCGGAAUUCUCAAUAUAGUCUCCCUCGUUGGCGCGCUAUCAGCCGGUAGACUUGCGGAUUUCGCGGGCCGUAGAUUCGCAAUGGGAGCAGCCGCCUCGAUUUUUAUCGCCGGAGCACUGUGCAUGGCGUUAGCACCGACCUACGCUAUCCUCGUUUCAGGACGUGUCAUUACAGGCAUUGGUGUCGGUUUCGGCCUUUCUCUGCCUCCGCUGUUCAUCUCGGAAAUUUCUCCUCCCGGGCAGCGUGGCGGGCUGGUUUCAUUCGGGGAGCUUUUUAUCAACAUUGGCAUUGUGGUCGGCUUCUUGACCUCCUUUCUUCUUUCCGGGCUGCCCGUGGAUUCAGCCUGGAGGUGGAUGUUGGGGCUGGGAGCCGUUCCGGGCUUUAUCCUCGCAGUAGGAGUGGUUUUCCUGCCCGAAUCCCCGCGCUGGCUGAUCAUGCACGGGCAGGUGAAAAAAGCCAAGGAUAUCCUGCUUACCAUAUCCGACAGCAAAGAGGAGGCCCAUGAACGGAUGUUAGAAAUUCUCGAGGCAGCAGGGCUGAAGGAGGAAGUUAUCAGCAAAGGCUCUGAAAUUCCCGCUGCCCGGGGCAGAAGCAAUUCUCGCGAGCGGCUGGGAGGCAGCGGGGGCGAGGGUGCGGGAGAUACAGUGUAUGUGGACGAAGAAGAACAAGAAAUCCACGUGAUACGGCCAAUGGAGGGAGCGGGUGGGACGGGGGUUUGGAAGGAGCUGCUUUGGCCGACGCCAGCAGUGGGAAGAAUGCUGGUGGUGUGCGUGGGCACGAAUUUCCUGCAGCAGGCGGUGGGGAUUGACGCGGCUGUGUAUUACUCGCCCGUGGUGCUGCGGGCUGCUGGGUUGACGUCCACAAGGGCGCUGCUGGGUGCGACGCUGCUGAUGGGGGUGAUCAAGGUGUCGUUUGUUGGCAUUGCCACGUGCAUGCUGGACCACUUUGGACGGCGGCCGCUGCUGCUCGCGUCCACUGCAGGCAUGACGGUUGCUCUUCUCACUCAAGCCCUGGCCUUCCUCAAACUCCCAACCGCUGUUGACGUAGACGUCUCAACCACCGUCGCUGCCACCACUGGAGUCCCAGCGGCCGCCAUCGCUGCUUUCACCGGCCUUUGCGUUUACGUCGCCUUUUUCUCGAUCGGAAUUGGCCCCAUUAACUGGUUAUACACCUCAGAGAUCUUCCCCCUGAGGCUGCGGGCACAGGCUACUGGUAUCGGCACGGCUGUGAACAGGAUUGCGUCUGGCGUGGUUGCGAUGACUUUUCUGAGUCUGGCGGAUGCUACUGGAAGUCCUGCGGGGCCGUUUUUCAUGUUUGCUGGAAUGGGAGUGGUCGCUUUUGUGUUUUUCUUUUUUCUUGCGCCGGAGACGAGAGGGAAGAGCUUGGAGCAGAUAGUGAGGAUGUUUGAAAAGGGGACGUACGCGUGGGUGAAGGAGGCCCCGGAGGAGAUUCCUAGCGUGGGGUUGGCGGUGUAUGAUGGGAAUAAGAUGCAGCAAGGGUGGGGGGCGACGGAUUCGAGCCCCAGCAGAACACCACGGGAUGAGCAUUGGAGAGACAGACGAGCGGUCGCGGCGAUGAGGAAAAAGGUGGACGCGAGGAUUCGAACCCUCGUCGAGAAUGGCGUCAAGUCGCGGCAGCGGUCCAUGUUCGUGAUCGUGGGGGACAAGGGCCGAGACCAGGUGGUGAAUCUGCACUACAUGCUCUCCAAGGCCGUGGUCAAGGCGAGGCCCAACGUGCUCUGGUGCUACAAGAAGGACCUCUUUCUCAGCAGCAACCGGAAAAAACGGAUGAGGCAGAUGAAGAAGAUGAUGCAGAGGGGUCUGCUGGACCCUGAGAAGGAGGACCCGUUCGCUCUCUUCAUGGCCUCCACGGCCAUCCGCUACUGCUACUACUCCGAGACACACAAGAUCCUCGGAAAUACAUUCGGCAUGUGCGUGCUGCAGGUACGUGGGUUGUGUGAUUGUGUGCUUGCCGUGUCUGUUUGCCUCCCCCUCUUUCCCCCACCAAAGCCUGAGAAGGAGGACCCAUUCGCCCUCUUCAUGGUCUCUACGGCCAUCCGCCACUGCUACUACUCCGAGACGCACAAGAUUGUUGGGAGCACGUCUGGGAUUGCGCGUGUGCACGCACCUCCUUUUCCCCCAUCAGCAGCCAUCCGCUACUGCUACUACUCCGAGACUCAUAUGAUUCUUGGGAACACAUUCGGCAUGUGUGUGAUGCAGGACUUUGAGGCGCUAACACCCAACCUGCUGGCGCGCACGAUAGAGACGGUGGAGGGCGGGGGAAUCAUCGUGCUGCUGCUCUCCUCCCUCACCUCGCUCUCGCGCCUCUUCACCCUCGCCAUGGACGUGCACGCACGCUACAGAACCGAGUCACACGGGGACGUGGUGGGGCGAUUCAAUGAGCGCUUCAUCCUCUCCCUCGCCUCCUGCCCCACGUGCUGUGUGAUGGACGAUGAGCUCAACAUCCUGCCUCUGUCUUCUCACAUGAGGCACCUGCAGCCUUCUCCCCUUACAGAGGGUGAAUCAGUUGAGUCAGAGUCAGACCGGGAGCUACGCGAACUGAAAGAAUCCCUGGCGGACACACAGCCCGUGGGGGCGCUGGUGGCCACGUGUCGCACGCUGGACCAGGCCAAGGCCGUGGUGACCUACUCCAACAUAUUCGUCACAGCACCAAGCCCGGAGAAUCUGAAGACGCUGUUUGAGUUUGUGUUCAAGGGCUUUGAUGCCAUCGGGUACAAGGAGCACAUCGACUACGAGCUCGUGGAGAGCACCAGCCCGGCCUUCAACCGCGCCAUCGUGCGCGUGAACGUGUUCCACCAGCACCGCCAGACCAUCCAGUAUGUGAUGCCCCAGCACGCGGAGCGAGUGCAGCAGGCAGAGCUGCUGGUGAUCGACGAGGCAGCAGCCAUCCCCCUGCCCAUGGUCAAGGCGCUGCUGGGACCGUACCUGGUGUUUAUGGGCUCCACUGUUAACGGCUAUGAAGGCACGGGGCGGUCCCUCUCCCUGAAGCUCAUUCAGCAGCUCAGGGAGCAGUCCAAAGGAGCCACUGCUGCCGGUGCUGCAACCGCUGAUGCCAGUGGUGGUGGCGGUGGUAGUGGUGGAGUGUCGGUGCGGGUGUUGAGGGAGGUGGAGCUGCAGGAGCCGAUUCGGUAUGCGGAGGGGGAUCCCGUGGAGAAAUGGCUCAACCACCUGCUGUGCCUCGACGCGACUUCACAUGUGCCCAAGCUGCAAGCCCGCAUGCCUCACCCAGACGAGUGUGAGCUGUUCUACGUCAAUCGAGACACGCUCUUCUCCUUCCACUCCGCCUCAGAGCUCUUCCUCCAGAGAAUGAUGGCACUAUACGUGUCCUCUCACUAUAAGAACACGCCCAACGACCUCCAGCUCAUGUCCGAUGCUCCAGCCCACCACCUUUUCGUCCUUCUGGGCCCAGUGGACGAGUCCCAAACGUCUCUGCCUGACGUGCUGUGUGUGCUGCAGGUGUGUUUGGAAGGAGAGAUUUCAAAAGCAUCGGCACUCAAGGGCCUCUCACAGGGACAUCAACCUACAGGCGACCUGCUGCCCUGGACGCUCUCACAGCAGUUUCAAGACUCUGAGUUUCCCUCCCUCUCGGGCGCUCGGGUAGUCCGGAUCGCCGUUCAUCCCGAUCUGAUGCACGCGGGAUACGGAUCCAGAGCCGUUGAUCUGCUCUCCAGGUACUAUGAGGGGCAGUUGACAAGCAUGGGGGAGGAUAGUGAGGAGGAGAGCGAGGAGGAAGAGGAGGGCGGGCAGCACUCUAAGGCUGUCCAAGAAGCUAGGGAGAAUGGUUCGGCAUCUUUGCUGGAAGAACAGCUAGCGCCACGGUCGGGCCUGCCGCCGCUGCUACAGCCGGUGGGGGAGAGGCGGCAGGAGCAGCUGCACUACGUGGGGGUGUCGUUUGGUCUGGGGCAGCAGCUCUUCAACUUCUGGCGAAGGCAGCAAUUCGUGCCGCUCUAUGUCAGACAGACUCCGAGCGACAUCACAGGCGAGCACACGUGCAUCAUGCUCAAGCCCCUCCGGAAUGACGACUUGGGUCCAGCAGAUGCCAAGCACUCGUGGCUCGACUCCUUCUCACAAGACUUCCACCGUCGAUUCCUGUCGCUCCUCGGUUUCUCCUUCCGGCCUCUGCCGCCCGCCCUUUGCCUCAGCAUUCUGGACCCACAGAUCGAGUUCCCAGAGGCAGAGGCACGGGAGGCAGCCGUGCCGGCAGGGCUGAUGGAGGGGAAGGCGGCGCUGCUGUCGCCGUAUGAUAUGAAGCGACUCGAGUCAUACGCCAACAAUUUGGUGGACUACCACCUGAUAAUGGACCUCAUCCCUCCUCUCGCCCGACUCUACUUCCUCGGUCUCAUCCCCGCCUCUCUCUCCUACGCCCAAGCUGCCAUUCUGCUCUCAUUCGGUCUGCAGCACCAUGAGCUCUCCACCAUAGAGGCGAACCUUCGGCUGCCCGGGACGCAAGUUCUUGCUCUGUUCAACAAGGCCAUUCGAAAGAUUCACAGUGUGCUGUACGCUGCUGCUGCACGUACGAUAGAGGCUGCUCUCCCCAGAAUCAAGGAGGUGGACCUGCGCCCCCACCCCCAGUCAGUGGAUGAAGACCUAGCAGAGGCGGCAGAUCAGGCCAAGAAGGUGAUUGAAACCCGGCUGGAGGGGGCGGCAGAGCCUGGCACCACCACCCUGCUGACGUCACUGACACCUGGACAGAUGCAGGAGUUUGCGAUCGACGGCCGAGAUGCAGACUUUGAGGCUGCGAUCGCUGCAGGAGGGGGGAAGCUCCCGGGAAGCGGUGUGUUGAGUGUGAAGGCAAAGGGAGGAGGAAAGAAGAGGGGUGGUGGUGAAGAUGGGAACUUGGAUGGUGGUGAAGGGGGGAAGAAGAGGAUGAAAGGUGGGGCGAAAGGGAAGGGGAAGGGAAAGGGAGGACGAGGAACCAUGAAGGCUCUCGCAGCGACUGGUCCGUCCGUGUGCUCCCUGCACAAGGCAGCAGCGCAGGAUCGGCGGUCCAAGCACGGAAGGAGGACGCAGCAUUGGCGGAUCACUCGUCGCAAUGACGAUGCUUUUCGGCCAAGCUGCGCCACUUCUGGUGCUGCAUCCAAUGCCACGUCCGCACUCUUCCUCCCACUGCAAGCUAAGCGCCUAUGGCUGGCUCCUUGCGUGGACGCCCUCAGCGCUCCGCAUUCCUCUUCCGCGCGUCCGUCUCUCUCAGCGGAGGCACUGGCGGGCCGCUCGCGUGUGCGCGCGGAAGCACAAGCAGGCGCGGGAGCGGCAGAAGUCCCCCCACCGGAGACCAAGCUAUACGAUUACGUGGUUAUCGGGAGCGGCAUUGCCGGCCUCCGGUUCGCGCUAGGCGUCGCGGCGAAGGGCACUGUAGCGGUGGUGACUAAAGCCGAGCCGCAGGAGGGCAGCACGAACUACGCGCAGGGCGGCGUGAGCGCGGUCCUGGAUCCGCUAGAUUCGAUCGAGAAUCAUAUCUCGGAUACGAUCGUGGCGGGCGCGUAUUUAAAUGACGUGGAGGUCGUGGAGGUGGUUUGCCGCGAGGGGCCGGAGCGCGUGCGCGAGCUGAUGCGCAUGGGCGCAAGUUUCGACCGCGGAGAUGACGGGCGGCUGCUGCUUGCGCGCGAGGGGGGGCACUCGCACUCGCGGAUCGUGCACGCGGCAGACGUGACCGGGCGGGAGAUCCAGCGCGCGCUGCUGACGGCCGCGCAGAAGACGAAGCGGAUCGACAUGUUUGAACACCACAUGGCGAUCGACCUGCUGACGCGACAGGAGGACGGCGGGCAGAGCACGUGCUAUGGCGUGGAGGCUCUGGACACAGAGACGGGGCAGAUCAUCCGCUUUAUAGCGGGAUCCACGCUGCUCGCUACAGGAGGGGCAGGCCACGUGUACCCCAACACCACCAACCCCACGGUGGCAACUGGGGAUGGUGUUGCUCUGGCUCUCCGUGCAGGCGCUGUCAUUUCCAACAUGGAGUUCAUCCAGUUUCACCCAACAGCGCUAGCUGACGCAGGUCUGCCCAUCCAGCCGCCCGGCCCGCGCCCCAACGCGUUCCUCAUCUCAGAGGCAGUACGAGGAGCAGGCGGGCUGCUGUACAACCAAGCUGGCGAGCGCUUCAUGCUUCACUACGACCCGCGGGCCGAGCUCGCCCCAAGGGACGUCGUCGCCCGGUCCAUCGACGACCAGCUGAAGCGCCGUGGCGAUCUGUUCGUCUAUCUCGACAUCAGCCACAAACCGACAGCUGAAAUCCUCCGGCACUUCCCGAACAUCGCGGCUGAGUGCAAGCGGUGGGGGGUGGAUAUCACAAAAGCCCCAAUCCCAGUGGUCCCCGCCGCGCAUUACAUGUGCGGGGGAGUGCAGACGGGGCUAUUCGGGGAGACUUCGAUCCGAGGGUUGUGGGCCGCAGGGGAAGUGGCCUGCACGGGGCUGCAUGGGGCGAACCGCCUGGCGUCGAAUUCGCUCCUGGAAGCGCUGGUGUUUGCGCAGAGAGCAGUGGAGCCGGCGAUUGCCCAUGCGGUGGCAGCUGCACCGCUUAACCACGUGCUUGCGGGGUUGCCUGAUGGGAGGGAUAUGGAUGGGGCGAUGUGGGGGGGAGAGGAGUGGGAGGGGGAGGUGGAAGGGAAGGGGGAGGAGGUAAAGGUGGUGGGGUUGAGGAGGGAGGAUCCAGGGGCGGUUGCUGCUGCUCGUGUGACUGCAAAGUACAGGGAGCAGCUUAAGGCUAUCAUGUGGCGCUAUGUUGGCAUUGUCCGAUCCACCGACCGCCUUCGAAUAGCGCAGAGGGAGAUUGACAUGCUGGCGUCUGCCUGGCGCACUGACCUCGAGACCAAUGUGCUGCUGCCACGUGGCGCCGUCUCAAUGGAGACAUGCGAGAUGGAGAAUCUUAUCAACGUGGCGUCGCUCGUCGUGCGCAGCGCACUGAGGAGAAGGGAGAGCCGUGGAUUGCAUUUCACCACGGAUUUCCCGGGACAGUCGGAAUCAGCUAGUGAAUUCGUUCAGGGCUUGGAUGUGAUCCGCAUACUCUCCAUAGGCAUCGCACACGGUCUUGCUCUCGUGAUUGCUGUGGGAGCUGCAUCCGGGAUUUCAGGAGGGCACAUCAAUCCAGCUGUCACACUUGGCAUGCUGGCAGUGGGGCUGGUUGACGUCAUUACAGCAGCAGCUUACGUGGCAGCUCAGCUGAUAGGCGGUGUAUUUGGUGCUGGCCUGGUCAAGGCAAUAACUCCUGCCAGCAUGCAUGACGCUCUUGGUGCACACGUGCUCGGCGCAGGGGUCUCCAUAGGUCAAGGCGUGCUCACCGAAAUCAUCCUCACCGCUAUACUAGUCUACGCAGUUUUUUCCACCGCUGUCGACCCCAAGGGGCCGUCCCACCUCGCUCCGAUGCUCAUUGGUUUUGCUGUGCUUGUGGAUCACAUCGUGGGUGUUCCUCUAACGGGGGCUUCUAUGAACCCAGCUCGCUCCUUUGGUGCUGCUGUCUGGGCUGGGGUGUGGGAGAACCAUUGGAUUUAUUGGGUUGGGCCUAUUAUCGGUGCUUGUUUAGUCAGUGGUGCAUACUGCCUGGUGUUUCUGCUGCCUAGGGAGUACGGGGAUAAGGUGAAGGCUUUGAGUCCUUCUAGGGCUGGAGAUGCACGCCAGGAUGAGAGCAAUGUCAGUAUCACUGUCUCGUAA